CGACAUCGAUAUAAGGACAUCCAAAACCCUGUCGCCACAACUUGGCUGAUUUCGUUCCAGCACAUCUCAGAGCACGACCCGCUGGCAGCAGACUACCUCAGGUUUAUGUGCUUCCUAGCUGGGAAGGAUAUUCCGCAAUCUGUGCUGCCGCCGUCCGGGAGGCUAAAGACUAUCGACGCACUUGGGACCCUAAAGGCAUACGCAUUCAUCUCCCAACACAAGGAGUCCGAUACUUACGACAUCCAUCCGCUAGUUCAAAUAUCGAUGCUAUGUUGGUUAGCUCAAACUGGAGAGCAGGGGGAAUGGGCCGCCAAAGUACUACAACGGCUUGCAGACGUGUUUCCUGUUCCAAAACACGAAAACAGAGAAGAAUGGAUACGGUAUCUUCCGCAUACACAGCGCGCUCUUGAGUUGCGGAAGGGUACAGAAGACAGGGACGCACUGACUGGUCUUCUAUCUAGGGUAGGUGAGAGUUUUCACCAGUUAGGAAAAUAUGAAGAUGCGGAACGGAU